AUGGGCCUUGUUCUAUUUAUUCAGCAACGUGCCUUUGUGGCGGCCCUCGUGGGUUCCGCACUGUUGGGUCUCACCAUAUAUCUGGUAACGACCAAGCCAUCAUACAGCGCUUUUGGAGUCCUUUCUAUCUUGGGAUACUUCUUCGGGAUACGACCAGUUUACCAAUUCUACAUUUCACUUCGACGGAGCUGGCAUUUCCAUGAUGUUGUAAAGAGCAAAGAUUGCGCUCCUGCAGCGGCAGUACCUACACCACUUUUCGGAACAAUACGCCACAAAUUGAAUCUGCUCCUUUAUCCUGGCGGCGACCUUCUUGACGAUGUGUUUGCGAAGAAGUACGAAAAGUAUGGUGCAACACAUGCUUUGCACGAUCGUUUCGGUGUGCCGAAAGUCAUACAUACGAUCGAUCCGGCUAAUGUCAAUGCCAUCAUGAGGACUCAAGCUGACGACUGGCGGCCUGCGAAAGGGAGAGCGAACACGAUGUAUCCCUUGGCGCAAGAAGGACUCCUGAAUUCCGAAGGCGAGGCGUGGUCGCGCAAUCGAAAAUUGAUUCUACGACACAUCAACACGAAGCGGGUCAAGGAUGUUCGGAGUGCGGAGUCUGAUGUCCAAUUGUUGUUUGACACUAUUGGACCGGCUGAUCACGACGGAUGGACUGAAACUGUCGACCUGUUGGACUUGUUCCAUCGCUUAUCACUGGACAUGUCUACCACGUACCUUCUCGGAACUAGUGCAAAUUCACAGCUCACUGGUGUCUUUGAGCGCAAGCGACAAGCUGCCAUGGCAGAGUAUGAUCUGAUACCGAACAAACGCGACCAGAAGAUGAGCUAUGGAGAAGCCUAUGAGAUCGUGCGCAACUAUUUCUCCUGGCGGUCCAAGCUCGGCUCGAAGUACUGGAUAGCUGACAGUCCGAAGUACCGCGAAGCCUGCGCAACUUUGAACGACUUCGCAGACGACCUGAUUCAACGUGCGAUGAACGCUCGUUCCGAUAACGCAGGCAAAUCAGAGGACAACGAGCACAUGGACAGCAAAUAUGGUCUCAUCGACAGCCUCGUCAAGGAAAUCGGCGAUCCAGUCCAUAUUCGUAACCUCAUCAUGGACCUCUUUAUCGCAGGCCAAAACAUGACCGGCACGCUGGCAGCUUGGAUCUUUGCCCAGCUCAGCGCCAAUCCUGAUAUCUUCGACCGUCUUCGUGCAGAAGUCGUAGACAAAUUCGGAACGGAAGACUCUCCACUUUUACCCCUGACAUGGGACAAUCUCCGAUCCUGCUCAACAAUGCAAAACGUCAUUCGCGAGACGCUCCGCAUGUACCCUCUCCUCGCCAACAUUGGUCGCAACGCCAAAUGCGACACCGUCCUGCCCCGCGGCGGAGGGCCAGAUGGUUCGCAGCCCAUCGCUGUUCCCAAAGGCUGUACCGUCACAUGCAACAUUUACCUCACCCAUCGUCGUGCAGAAGAAUGGGGUGAUGACGAAUGGGAAUUCAAGCCUGAUCGAUGGAUCGGGAGGAAAGUUUCCUUUGGAGAGUAUGCGCCUUUUGGAGCGGGACCGAGAAUUUGUAUUGGGCAGCAGCUGGCUUUGACGGAAAUCUCGUUUGUGCUGGCGAGGAUGUUGCAGAGGUUUGACGGGAUGAGGGUGCCACUCGGGCAGGAUAAUUUGGUGAAGGGAUAUCGGGUUGUGGUGGCGCCGAAGAAUGGAGUGAAAGUGCAGUUGAGGAGGGCGAGGGAGGGGAAGGGUGAGU